ACACAGAAGACUGAAUUCGACCCGCUCUCGUUUCCGUUUAUCGGUGAUAAUCCUUCGCGACUCUCUUCGACCGGGGACUCAACCUGUUUUUGGCAUACAGCUGUCGAAUAUUCAAUAUUAAAAAAAAUUAAAUCAUAUAAAAAAAAAUUAAAUCAUAAUUAUGGCGCCCGUGAGAAGACUCAAGACGAAGCGUCUAACUAGGGGUUAUGACCAAGUCCGGAGCGACAUCGAAUCUCCGCGCCAUCUGGAGCAGUACAAAGAAACGAAAGAUCUCGAAGACCUCCCGGGUCUCGGAAAGCAUUACUGCGUCGAAUGUUCGAAAUGGUUUGAAAGCGAGCACAACAUGAUCGCCCACCGGAAGGGCAAGAACCACAAGAGAAGGUCGGUUAUCUGUUUUUAUGCGCCGAACGCUGUUUCGCGAAUUUGCGCUGACUUGUCUACGAUUGAUAGAGUGAAAAUCCUGCGCGAAGAACCUCAUACCCAAAAGCUCUCCGACGCCGCCGUGGGUUUGCGCCACGAUAACGGCCAACGGUCGCAGGAGACCGUCGUCGACAUGGAGGAAUAGAUCUUCGCCUACCGAUCUCCGCAGUUGCCAGGUGAUGGAUUUUCAAUGCGAAGCAGCAAGUUCUCCUACCAAUCUAUGGGAGAGCUCUAUGGGAAGCCGACAACACUGGGCCGGGCCUCUUCACCAAAUAAAAAAAUUUUGCGGCGCGAUAUCUACAACCUCGACGUUGUCUUGAACGCGAUCUGAUUGGCCAGUCGGACAGUCAGCGAUCGGCGCAAAAAAACAAAAAGGGCAGGCACGUGAACUGCACAAGGUGCCGAAAACCGCCGGAAAAGCGAACGGCCGAAUCUGGAAUCCCCGAAUUGCGCUGCUUUCGUCUGGCGGUCACCCCCCGUUCGAAAGCGCCGCUUCUCGGAAUGCUGGAUAGUAAAGACCCACCCAGUCGGCCCCUACUGCCAUUAGAACGAAAUUUAUUUACAAGCUGCAAUAAUAUUACACGAUUUUUUUUGGC